AUGAACUCAACUCUUGUACGAGACACAUUCAACACCGCAUUUACAAAAAAUUUCAUUGUAGUGGGGAUAUGGCUCAGCCUAAGCUACAUCAAUAUUAUUGUUGUUGCUACCUUCUUUAGUCACCAGAUCUUUUAUGAGGAUCCUCGCUAUAUUCUCUUCAUUCACAUGGUCAUCAAUGAUGCUAUGCAACUGACUGUCACAGUGAUCCUCUUCUUAAUUAGCUACAUUUAUUAUACCAUCAAUGUAUCUCUCUGCUGUGUCUUAGUUCUUGUGGCUGUCUUUACCACACGCAACACACCUGUAAACUUGGCUGGAAUGGCUGUUGAACGCUACAUUGCCAUUUGUGAACCUCUACGCCAUACCCAGAUCUGCACUGUCCGGCGCACCUAUAUUCUGAUUGGCUUUUUCUGGUUCAUCUGCAUAGUACCUGACGUCACUGACCUCUUUAUAACUUUGGCUGUUGAACCCAUCAGCUUCUUUCAUAGUUCUAUAGUGUGUAUUCGAGAGAAUGUCUUUAAAGACCCAGUGCUUCUAUACAAGAGGAAGGCCUUUGAUGCAAUUUAUUUCUCUUUAGUUUUCCUCACACUAAUCUACACUUACCUGAGGGUUCUGUUUGCAGCCCGGGCCGUUUCUAGUGAGAAAACAUCAAUCCAAAAGGCAAGAAACACUAUUUUGCUUCAUGGAGUUCAACUUCUCAUGUGUAUGCUCUCAUAUAUUUCUCCCAGCGUUGAGGUCAUACUACACAUGAUCUUCCCUGGGCACAUCAUGGAGAUCCGCUAUGCCAACUAUCUUGUUGUUUACAUCAUGCCACGUUUUCUAAGUCCGAUCAUAUAUGGUGUCCGCGAUCAAAAGUUCUGCAAGUAUAUGAAGAGGUAUUUUAUAAUUGUUCAGUGCAAAUCCAGCACAAGAAUAGACACACUAGGAGAAAAUAAUUAG